AUGGGUUUAUAUCAGGCAAAGAAUAAUGAAGGAAGUGAUCCAAAAAGCAGCAGCAAGAUUGACGAUUUGAUAGAAAACGAAGCGGAGAUUAUACGGCUAAUCAAAGAAGAUGGCAAGUUACUGAUAGAUAAUGGCGAUGGCAGAGAUAUCCAUAACAUAAUUCAAGAAGACAAGCUUCUCAGUGUAGAAUUCAACGAAGUACUAAAGCGGUUUCAUGGGGGAGAAAAGACAGAUGUUCCUCAGAAGGAGUUGGAUGAAGACGUGGAUGAUAAAUAUGAUUCUAAUGAGCAUCAUGAAAAAACUAUACAAGUAAUGAACACAUUAAAUCACGUCAUUAAUAAGGAGGUGAUUCCUCCCGAAAAUUUCAGCCACGUGGUUGGAGAGAUAUACCGUAGCAGUUUCCCACGACAGGAAAACUUUUCGUUUUUGCACGAAAGACUGAAGUUGAAAUCCAUCUUAGUACUAAUUCCCGAAGAAUAUCCGCAGGAAAAUGUAAACUUUUUGAAUUUAACGGGUAUAAAAUUAUACCAAGUUGGUAUGAGCGGUAAUAAGGAGCCAUUUGUAAAUAUACCGUCUCACCUACUUACAAAGGCGCUAGAAAUCGUGUUAAAUCCGGCAAACCAACCGAUACUGAUACAUUGUAAUAGAGGCAAACAUAGGACGGGGUGUUUGAUUGGGUGUAUAAGGAAACUACAAAAUUGGUCGCUAACAAUGAUUUUUGAUGAGUACAGACGUUUCGCAUUCCCAAAGGCAAGGGCGCUUGAUCAGCAGUUUAUUGAGAUGUACGAUGAUGACGAAAUUAAAAGGAUUGCCAGUAAAAACAACUGGUUGCCUCUAAAAUGGUAA